AUAAAAUAAAUUUAUUUGUUCAAUUAUUAGGAAAUAUUUUUAAGUGUCAAAAUUGGCUUUAAAACAGUGGCAACUUCCGUGUGUAGCUCAAAUUAGUCUCCAUUUUUUCCGAUCAGUUUCCGAUCAACGAUGAAGAUCAUGGUAGCCAUCAAACGCGUUGUUGAUUACGCCGUCAAAAUCCGAGUUAAACCCGACAAGAGUGGUGUAGAGACGAAAAAUGUGAAGAUGUCGAUGAACCCAUUUUGUGAAAUAGCUUUGGAAGAAGCUUUGCGGGUGAGAGAAUCGGGUUUGGCUUCAGAGGUGGUGGCUGUUAGUAUUGGACCAGUUCAGUUUACGGAGACUUUACGAACUGGGUUAGCUAUGGGAGCAGACAGGGCAAUUCAUGUAGAAGCGCCUGAGAAUAUUUAUCCACUAACAAUUGCUAAGAUUCUUAAAGCUCUUGUUGAUGUUGAAAAGCCUGGUCUUCUUUUUCUUGGCAAACAGGCAAUUGACAAUGAUCAAAACCAGACAGGUCAAAUGGUUGCAGGACUUCUCAAGUGGCCGCAGGGGACAUUUGCCUCUAAGGUUGUUCUCGAUAAAGAAAAGCAGGUAGCUACAGUGGACAGAGAAGUUGAUGGUGGUAUUGAGACAUUGUGUUUGGAUUUGCCUGCAGUAAUCACCACUGAUCUGAGGCUGAAUCAGCCACGAUAUGCAACACUCCCCAACAUAAUGAAAGCAAAGUCGAAGCCAAUAAAGAAAUUCACACUGCAAGACUUGAACGUUGAGAUCAGAUCUGAUUUGGAAGUAGUUGAAGUAACCGAACCUCCCAAAAGGAAAUCCGGUGUCAUCCUUUCAUCCGUGGAUGAGCUGAUUGACAAGCUGAAGAAUGAAGCACGCGUAAUUUGAGUACACUAACUAUCAUUUCCUGAGCCGAUUGACGAUCUGAAGAAAAAUGAAGCACGCGCGAUUUGGGUGUGCUUAUAGUUUAGCUGCAAAUUUCAUCUCUUUUACACCAAACUGUUUGUCUUUGUAAACUUUCAAUAGUUUGCAAUGUUAAUAACAGUGAUCAUAUAAUGGAAAAUAUCUCUUAUUCUCUUACAUUUGGAAUGUAUUUUCUUGUUUUUU